AUGAAGUUCCUUCUGGUUCUGGCCUGCGUUGUCCUUUAUGUGUCCCUUUCAUGUGCCCAGGAACGCUGCGUCGGACGUCCUAGUAAUCGCCAGAAUUGCGUCGGGGGUAAGCAUGAAGGACAUGGAGGUGGCCAAUGCCGAAGAAGUGCUAUGGACGAAAUGUGGUACUGGGAUCAGAGAUCCAGUAGGUGCAUCAAAAUGAAAUAUCUCGGAUGUGGCGGCAAUCAAAACCGCUACUGCUCCUUGAGGCACUGUCAAAGUUCGUGUCCAUGA